AUGGGUAGCCAAGCUAGCGUAGCGAGCAGCCAGCCCGACCAGCGACAUCUGAGGCUCAUUGCCGCCUCGGCUCAAGCUAACGAAGCCCGCGUUCGCGACAUACUUGCCGAGGAGCCGCCUUGGACAUCUGUUGCGGACCAUGAUGCCCUCCGUUUGUCUCUGCAGAAGGUUUCGGCACGCGGAAAACUUGCUAUUGUUCGUCUCCUCCUUGACCACGGCGCCGAGUUAAACUCUAAGCGAGAAAGCGAAGUUCCCGCCUUGGUAAAGGCCGCAGAGGGAGGACAUGUUGAUGUUGUCAUCGAACUGCUCAAGCACAAUGCGGACCUGAAUGGACGGAAUCGCAAUGGCCAGACGGCUCUAUUCGGUGCCUGCAUCAAAGGGUAUGACAAAGUGGUCGAAACCCUACUUGCGGCACAUGCGAAUGUUGAGGCGCAAGACAACGAGGGAAGAUCUCCUCUGCUAUUCUUGGCUUCCGAGAAGCCGGGGAAGGGGAGAGGGACCAUCGAGACUGUGAAGCUGCUGAUAGCUAACGGAGCCGUCGUCGAUGUGAAGGAUCAAAUCGGGCGGACGCCGUUGCUCUGGGCUGCGACAAACGGCAAUGUCGACCUCGCCCGUAUCCUCAUAGAAGGGCGUGCCAACGUUGCUGCCACGAACAAUCGCGGACGGACUGCCUUGCAUUUAGCAGCCGAGAGCAAUCACGGACAGCAGCAAGAGGACAUGGUCAAGCUUCUCCUCCACUGCGGAGCCAACCCGGGCGCUGUCAGCGACGGUGGCUGGACCCCCCUUCAUAAUGCCACACAGGGCGGCUACGCUCCUGUCGUCUCGCUGCUUCUGCAAGCUAAUGCGAAUGUCAAUGCCGAGCUUUCUAAUGGGAUGACACCGCUGCACUGGGCUGCCUUCAACGGCUUCAAGGAGAUAGUACAACUCCUAUUAGCUCAACCCGACAUCAACCUUACUAUCAAGGAUAGCUUCAAUCGAACACCCAUGAUAUGUGCCGCCGAGAAGAAUCACCCCGAGAUCGUCCAGCUACUAUCACCCACCCAAGCCGCCGACCGCUUAUCCCCAAGUGCGCGGCAAGCGUGCCUAGCAUUCGAAGCCACUAUCGUGGAUUUCGGCCAGUUUGAAAAGAAACAGCUCGUCUCUAAGUGUUCUGUGUACGAACUGCUGUAUGGAUGGGACAACGAGAACGACAAGCCGAAGAUUCCUACCCUUACGAAGAAUAUCAAGUAUAAACCGGACUUCAGGUGGAUCCACCUGCCAGCCAACAAUAUAGCAUGGGUUGAGGCUCUUCUUGCCAAGUCCUUUAUUGAGGCCGGACACCGUGACAUCGAAGCUUUCAAAGCCCUGGAGAAAUGUUUCGACCAAGAACAUCGUGGGAAACUUCCGCACGCUAACUUUAUGAGGACGUUUUCCCAACGCAUCACUGCGCCUCGGAUAGGUCUGUCGGGUAAGGGCGAGGACAAACCCCUAGCCCCGUUAUCUGAAGAACCGUCGGAUGCGAGUGUCAGGUCGAGUCAAAGUGCCUCGGACGUGACCCCUCAGAAACAGACUGACUAUGUGAAGGAUGAUAAUUACACUAAGAAGAGAAGCAAGUCCGAGCAGCUCGCCGAGCGACACCCCAAAAAACACAAGCGCGGAAAAGGCCCUCCCGGAAAUCCGCACGAGAGGCAAGAUAGUGCGAUGAACGACUUCGAUAAUAAAUUCGCCCUCUCCUCAGCUUGGGGAGCGUCGAAAUUUGGUGUUUCUAAUGGAAAGAUAGUCCUAUUCAUGCCAUUUUUGCACUAUGAGACAGAUAUGCGACGGCGCAAGAUGGGUAGCGCUAUCAAAAGUGUUUACAAGGAACUGUCUCCACCAGAGAACUUAACCCGGGACGCUCUACUUGUCAACGCCUAUUUGAAAAGCACGCCGCCCCUACACCCACGCAGAACGCUCGACCAGUUCUUUUACCACGGUAUCGACACGUCAGCUAGAGACGAAGAUCAGGUCGUAUACCGCUAUUGCAAGAGGCAUGACGUGGAGCCCAAGGUGUUUAUGGUCGACCAGCUAUGGCUCUGGAUCAUCGGGAAAGAUCUGGUGAUUACUUGUUUCUCGCAGCGCUGGGAGCAGCCCAAACAAGACCCGUUGAAUGUUCUGGACGGAAUUAUCGAGGAGACGAAUGCUAAGACCCGUCCCCCAAUUGGGUCCGUAUGCCGCUGUGCCGGCACAUUCGACCGCCACCGCCUCGACGACCAAGAUCUCCAGUUCUUCGACAUGUUCGAUAGCUCCAUUGGUCUGGUUACGGACCGCGAGAGCAAACUAUUCAGGCGCUUCAAUCAGGCGUCGGCGCAGUCGGCGCAGUGGCUGCAACGCCAUCGAGGCAGGCGUAUGGGCCGUAGACCUUCGCGGAUGUCUGCUUUCGGAACCUCAGAUGAGCCCGAAAACGCGAUUGACGGGGCAAGCCGCGGUAAUAGCCGUAGCGGUGACCAAUUUCCGGAUGCGCUACUCGAUAUCGACGUCGAAACAUCUCUGCUCGCUGAGAUCAAAGAUAUUCGCGACGAGCUAAAUAUCAUUGCGGUUAUGCUAGACACGCAGCUUGCCACGUUGGCUGACUUCGAGGCACACGUAACGGAGGAGUUGCGCGCCUCGCCGGAAGGGCUGGCACGACGGGCGGCGGACACGGUGAUGGCCGAGGUGCGCAAGCGUGCGAAGGAGCAAGCACGAAGCUUAGAGAUCAGGCAUAAGGACGUGUGGCGUAUGGACCAGCAAGCAGAAAGCCUGUAUCACAACGUGACGGACUUGCUGGACCUCAAACAGAAGCACUCCAAUGCCUUGGAGGCAAGGUUUGCCGGUGAUCAAGCCGUUAUCGCGGCCAGACAGGGCCAGACAAUUAUGGUGUUCACAAUCGUGACAAUCGUUUUCCUGCCCAUGUCGUUUAUAGCAUCGUUUUUUGCGAUCAAUCUAGAGGACUGGGAGGGCGGCGUCUUAACCAUCCCGUACGUGAGCAAGUACAUGUUUGGAAUUGGGUUAGGCAUUUCCAUCCCGUUGAUCGCCAUGGCAUUUACGGUCGCAGAUAUCGCAGACGCUACUGAGGGGAUACUUCGCGCAUCUAAGAGAUCGCUGGCGUCCCUGGGGAAAAGACUAUCCAAGGGUGGCACAGACGAGACUAACUUGGCAAAAGAGCGCGCCCAUGCCAUUCAAUCGAAAGCACCGCCAUCUUCUCAACGAUAUAGAGCAAUGAGCAAGGAGAGAGAUGUAUCUCAGCAAGUGGCGAUUGACGACCUGCCGGUGUCUCGGAUGCGGCAUAGUCGCGAAUGGGGAGACGAUCAUUACUACGCCACCUCGAGGCUGUCGCCCGUCUCGGGACGAAGGCUUUCCGUCGGCGGACCGCGGACAAUCAGCUUCGGGAGCGCGACGGCGACUCCUUGGCCUAUGAGGCCCAGUUUGGACAGAAGUCGUGGCCGGAGGCUCAGCGAAGACCUAGAGAGGGGCCGGGACCAAGCUCCCUUUGGUCGAUAA